CCGUUCCUGUCCUACAACGUCCUGGCCUUCCCCUUCGGGAACGUGAGCGCCCCCUUCCUGGCGCCCGAGCACCCGGUCUGCAUGGAGCGGUGGCCGACGCUGCGGCGGCGCCGGGCGUACUUCGCCUUCCUGCUCCUCGUCCAGUUCCUGGCGCCGCUGGCGCUCGUCGCCGUCUGCUACCUUCGCAUCUUCCUGCGUCUCAGGAAGAGGAAGGAGCUGAGGGACGCCGAUCGGAAAAGGACGCGGAGGAAGACGCGGAUCAACGCGGUGCUGGCGUCCAUCGUGGCGGCGUACGUCCUCUCCUGGCUCCCGCUGACCGUCUUCAACGCCGUCUUCGACUGGGACCACGAGGCGCUGCCGGCGUGCCACGACGCCAUCUUCUCCGCCUGCCACCUGGCGGCCAUGACGUCCACCUGCGUCAACCCCGUCCUCUACGGCUUCCUCAACGGCAACUUCCGCCGACACCUC